AUGAACAACACUCCACCUCCCCUUGAGUCUCGAGAACCCGAAUUGCUUUGCUUUGCUUUGCAUUGUUUUGUUGUGCUUCCUCUCACUGGAUGGUUGCUGCAACAGCAGUCUAAUCAACGGGGCUUCUCUGCACAUCACGGAAAUUGUCCUCGUCAAGUCUCAUGGCUAUCCUGCGAAUACCAUCGUCAUCGUCAUUUUCUCGACCCUCGUCCGUCCACGGACCACUCGUCAGACAAUCCAGACACCCACCCUGCCCUGCCUCGCGAUAGACAGGGGCUGACGACAGGACAGACAUACCUGGCGGCGACCCCUCCUUGUCUCCCUCACUCAAUAUGCGAGUCCCCAUCGCCUCAGAAUUAAGGUAGUGGACUGGGAUCGGGACUGACGCCCUCGCUGAUCGCCAUCAUCCGUUUGCUCAGUCGUUUUACCCAUACAAUUUGCAUAGGGGGGGCAUCCCCAACCAUGCCACGUACGUAUGCCACCACAUUAAUGAUUAACACUACCAACUCGACUGUUGCCUCGUCUCGUCCCGUCCGUCUCGUCUCGAAGACUCAGCCGUGGUACGUUUCCCGCCGCCAAUGCGAUACUAUUUUCCGCCGUCUCCCAUCCCUUUCUAUCCCCCUCUCUCCUCGA